AUGGAGGACCAAUCCUUCGUGGUGCCCCACAGCGGCCUGCGUGGCGCUGUCACGGUGCCAAGCUCCGGCAGCCACUCUGGACCCGCCGAGCGCCUGCCGAGCGCCGGCGCGCUUUCUGUGGGCCGUGCUGCGUUGGGCGCCGGCCUCGCCGUGGGCGCGCUGGCGGCCGGGCACGCGGUGGGCCGGAGACGGGCACGGAAGAGCGUCCAGCGGCAGGUGGUGAAGAUGCGUGUGGAGGUGCCAGAAGUGGCAGAUGUGGAGGAAGGUUUGGGCCUUACUGGCUUGAACGUCGAGAAGUUGGCCAAGGAUCUCGAGCAGACGGCCACGCGCUGGGCCCAACAUCCCGAGAAGGUGCUGGGCGACGUGGAACGCCAAGCCACGCAGGUGGCCAAGGCAGCAGAGAAGAUGCUGCCCAAGGUGCCGGACCUGCCGCUGCCAGUGGAGGCGAAGGUGGCCCUCAAGGAGCAGUCGACCGGAGUGCGGGAGCUCUCCGUGAAGGUGGAGGCCCUUCUCGAAAGCCAAAACCUCAAAGCCUUGGCCACGUACCUGCCGCCCGAGCUCGCCACCUUGCUUGCCCAUCCGGAGGUGCUGGAUCCGGUGAAGCUCCCUGCAGGCCGCGGAACCGCGGCGAUGCGUUGGAAGGGAGAAGCCUGUCUUGGUGCUGCUCUGGUGGCACUGUUGGCGUUACGCCGUGGCCCGCAGCCCUGGCUGGAUGAGCUGCCCCGGGAAUACGACUUUGGGCGCAUCCGCACUUACUGGCAACGAAGGCCCUUGCAGUUGCUGACCAGGUUCAUCGAAGCGGGGUUGAAGGUGGGAGGUUACACCUUCCAGAUGAAGUUGGACGAGCUUUUGGAACGCUCUGAUGAGAUGCGCCCGCAGAGAGCUGUGGAGGCACGCGAGCUCAUCACAGACUUAGGUGUGACCUUCAUCAAGAUCGCCCAGGUCUGGGCCUCGAGGCCGGACAUUUUGCCCAAGGAGUAUCUCAAGAUGCUCCUGCUUGAGGAGUACGAGAAGCUCUUGGAACAGGUGCGUCCUUUCGGCAAAGAUCUAGCCUUGGAGACGUUGCGCCGGGGCGACUCCGGGCGCCCGGCGGUCGAGCUCUUCCAGGACCUGAGCGUCUUCGACGCGCCGGUGGCCUCCGCGUCGGUGGGCCAAGUGUACAAAGCGACCAUGAAUGGUAAAACUGUUGCCGUGAAGGUGCAACGACCAGAUGUCCGAGAGCAAUCUACUCUGGACUUGUAUGUGAUCCGCACUGCCGCUGCUUUGGGCGCCAUGCUGCCCUUUGAUCAGCUCCAAAGACAAUCGAAGCAGCUCAUGGAGCUGAUUGACUUAACAGCUCCAACCUUCGUGAAGGAGCUGGACUAUGAGAUCGAGGCCUCCCACCAGCGUCGCUUUGCCGAGACCGUGGAGUCCUGCGACCUGAUCCGCGACACCAUCGUGGUGCCCGAGAUCCUCUUCGCCAACCGUGCGGGUCUCAGAACUGGUACGGCUGAGACACCAAUUUUGGUCAGGGAAGCGGGGAAGCAUCUCAUGGCUUGUAUGUCUCAAGUGGCCUCGCUUACUGUAGGAGAUGGCCGCCUAGGGAUCUUGGAUUAUGGCCUGAUGACGGAAAUCACUGCGGACAAGCGGAUGUCCUUCAUCGAGUUUCUGAUGCACCUGCAAGCCAAAGAGUACAAGAGCUGCUUAACAGACUUGAUCAACCUGGAGUUCUUCCCUCCGGCGCUGCCUGAGGCCUUGAAAGAAGACAAGGAGGCGCUGGACAUCAUCGUGCCCACCUUGGCCACCACCCUGGCAACGCUCUACGAGGAGGGUGGCGAUCUGAAGAAGAAGCGCGAGAUGUUUGCCAAGCAGCGAGAGGAAAUGAAAGAAGCCGGGAAGUUGGAUGGCCUCCGGGAAAAGCUCCAAGCCAUCUCCAAGAAGUAUGCUGGAGCUUUCCGCCUCCCGCCCUACUUUACUCUGAUCCUCCGCGCCUUCUCAACACUGGAAGGCUUGGGCCUGAAAUCUGACGAGAAUUUUGCCAUUGUCAAGGAGUGCUUCCCUUACAUCGCCCGGCGCUUGAUUGUGGACGACAGCUUCCGCAUGCGGGAGGCCUUGAGGUCUUACCUCUACAAGGGCCGCUCGCGCAUCGCUGUCUCGCGCAUCGACGAGCUGUCCUCGGGCUUCGGGAACUUCACCAACCUCAUGAAGGGGAGCCGCUCCGAGUCCGCCGCCGCCGGCGGUGUCCGUGCGCCCGCGACGACAGGGCCCGCCGCGGGCCACGCGGAGGGUGGGGCGGAGCGGUCGAGCGCGCGGCCACAGCUGGACUCGGCGUCGCGGGAGAUUGCAGAGGUGAUCUUCUCUGCGGAGGGCAACUUCUUGCAAGACCUCCUCAUUGAUGAGGGUGUGGCGGCAAUUGACGCCCUGUCACGUGCCACGCUUCUGCAGCUGCUGAGAAACUUGGGGCCUUUGGCACUGCCUUUGACGCUGCCUUUGAACUUCUUGCUGGGUGGCAGCAGUGGCAGCAGGAAGACACUGAGACGCAUUGGCCUGAUCAAGUCAGCCACCUUCUGGGACAAGGAGUCUCUCUUAGUGAUCCGGCGGAUUGUCCAGCUGGUGGAUGCCUCCAGGGAUGCCAACUCGGAUGAUGAGGGGGGCGGACCUGGGACCGUGCAGAGGCUUCAGCGCUUACAGCCAUUGGCCCAGGGCUUGUUGCCCAGCAUAACGCCAGGUGCUGCUUCCUUUGCGCAGCGCUUCGCUCGUCAGCUUGCCCGGCGCAUUCUGCUGCGACUGGCGGAUGAUGUGGAGCGGAGGGCCAGCAAUGCUCUGAUGAUGAACUAA